AUGUCGACAGAGCAUCUUUUAUUGCUAGGUACCAAUAUCGAUAAGAUCUACGGUGUCAUCUUCGACGAGAAGGCCAAGACUUUACGGAAGACUGCAGAGAAUGAACUUGCUCCAAAAUCAAGUUGGAUCAUCCAGCAUCCAAAUAUUGCAGAUCUGAUCUACUUCAAUGCUGCUGGCGAGUCCAAGCUGUUCGCUGGGACAUUUGACAGACAUGGAAAAGUGACAAUUCUGGACGAAGCUCAGCAGAGCGAGGAAUCGAAAGGUCCGUGUCACUUUGCUUUGGCUCCGGACAACUCGGCCUUGAUCGUCGCCAAUUACCACUCGGGCAAUAUCUGUAUGCUGCCUUUGAACGAUAAUGGCCGUUUCAUGAAUGCCAAGACUGAGCCGUCGCUCAACUUCACCCCACCGCACAAGCCUGUCGAUCACCCUCGACAAACUGAAGCGCACGCACAUCAGAUCGUCGUGCAUGACGGUCGAGUCUUAGUACCUGAUUUAGGAUCCAACAAGGUCUGGCGAAUUCGCCCGGGGCAUGGGGAUGAUCAGUCGAGAUGGGUUCUUGAAGGUGCUGUCGAGGGCUUCGACGUGGGUGAUGGACCUCGUCAUGUUGUGGUGCAUCCGAAUGGCAGAAUUCUCUACGUUCUCAAUGAGAUAUCCUCGGAGCUCACUGCUCAUACCCUCCCCUCCGACCCGUCUAAACCUUCAGAGCUGCUUUCACGUCAUACACUCUUACCACCUUCAGAUCAAGGGAAUGGGCCAAAAAUGAAAGCUUCAGCUCUGAUAUACCUCCCGCCCCUGGCUCCGACUGGCAAUGCCAUGCUCAUUGGGUCUAAUCGCGAUUCGCCGCGUGGCAAGGAUGCCUUGGCAGUAUUCUCCGUCGAUCCUGAGGGUCGAGUUGAGAGAGCGCCAACGCCGUGGAUCGAAGACGUUGCUCAGAGUCUACGAGGCGUAGCAGCAGACAAAUCAGGGAGAUUCGUCUGUGCUGCAGGCGAAGAGUCGGGCGGUCUGGUGGUAUACGAACGUGUGGGAAAUGUAGAAUUGCGACAAGUCGCUAGAUUGGAUGAAGUAGAAAAGGUCAUCGCGCCGCUGUGGGUGUAG